GCGACCUUUCGCAAUGCGUUUUGUAUCUUUUCGUCCAUGGACGUCGUGGCCCGCGUGCUUUUCCUCGGCGUCGCCGCCUCGGGCGCCGUCAACCUCACGAUCGACGGCAGCAGCUCCUUUGAUAAGACGACCAACCACAUUGUGAACGCAACUGUGAACGGCGACUUGCCGCCAAGCAUCCUCGCCGGCGUCGGCAUUGGCCUCGGCUUGAUCGUGGCGCUGGCCGGCUACCGGCUCUUCCGACCGGUGCUCUUCGUGAGCGGCUUUGGCGUCGGCGCCGUCCUCGCGUAUCUUUUGGCCGAGGCCAUCUUUACGACGCAGUCGUACGCGACGACGGCGCACUGGGUCUGCUUUGUCGCGGGUGGCCUCAUCGUCGGCGCCACCGUCGUGUGCCUCUGGCGCACCGGGCUCUUUGUCAUCGGCGCCGCCGCCGGCGUCCUCCUCGCCUUUGUCGUCAACACGUCCUUUGGCUACAAGCUAUGGCCAUCCAACCCGUCCGGUAUGCUCUACGUGCUCAUUGCGAUCUUUGGCCUCGCCGGCGCCCUCCUCGCGCGCUGCCUCGAGCGGCCGUUCUUGAUCGUCGCGACGAGUUUGGCCGGCGCGGUCGCGUGCCUCUGGGGCGUCGGGUACUUUGCGGGCGGAUACCCGAGCGGCAACCACCUCGAAGCCCUGCGCAAUCGCACCGCGUCGGGCGACUACACGUACGACAUUGGCAGCGCGUGGUGGGGGUACAUGGCCGGGACGCUCGUCCUCUUCGGCAUCGGUACCCUUGUCCAAUUCCGCAAGACGGCGAUGGGGUGGCACCACGCGCCAGCCGCCAGCGACGACAGCGCCUACGUGGGCUGCAGCAGUCCGGUCCACGGCCGCCCGAUCCAGCAUUCCUCCUAGUCGUGCUCAGUCGACAGCCCAUUUCACUGAUCACAACUACUAGUACAUAUACUAGUAGUAUGACGUCGAGUCCCAGGUACUCGCAGUAG